ACAAAAAAAAAAAGUUGGAGGGGUUUUAAAAGAUGGAUUUGAAAUUCAAGUUGGUUCAUAUUGCAUUAGGUGUGUUACUUCUAGCACAAAAAGGUGAAUCUCAAAAUGCUAAUUUUGAUAUAACUAAAUAUGGUGCCAAUGCCAAUGCUGAUAUUAGUGAGGCUGUGGGGAAAGCUUUUAAAGAAGCAUGUGCAUCAACAAGUCCAAGUACAAUAGUGAUCCCAAAAGGAACAUUCCAAAUGAAUCAAGUGAAAUUAGAAGGACCAUGCAAAGGCCCUAUUGAACUUCAAAUUCAAGCCAUUUUGAAAGCUCCUUCAGACCCUAAUGCAAUCAAGGUUGGUGAAUGGUUAACAGUCAACAAACUUGAUUUCUUCACAAUGUCUGGUGGUGGAACACUUGAUGGUCAAGGUAAAGCUGCAUGGGAAUGCAAACAGUCCAAAAAGUGCACCAAGCUUCCCAAUAAUUUGAGCUUCAACUCCCUCACAAAUUCCAUAAUCAAGGACAUAACAACAUUGGAUAGCAAAUCAUUCCAUGUGAAUGUUAACCAAUGCAAGAACUUAACUUUCAUUAACUUCAACGUCAGUGCUCCGGCUAAUAGCCCGAACACUGAUGGGAUCCACGUGGCGAGAGCAAGCUCUGUGAAUAUCACAGAGUCUGCUUUCUCCACGGGAGAUGAUUGCAUCUCCAUUGGCGAUGAAACGGAACAACUUUACAUCACUAAAGUCACUUGUGGACCUGGUCAUGGUAUUAGUGUGGGUAGCCUUGGUGGAAAUCCUGGUGAAAAGCCAGUUGUUGGUGUUUUUGUUAAAAAUUGCACUUUUACUAGCACUGAUAAUGGUGUUAGGAUCAAGACAUGGCCUGCUUCUCAUCCUGGUGUUGUAUCUGAUAUACAUUUUGAAGAUAUCAUUGUGCAAAAUGUUAGCAAUCCUAUUGUCAUUGAUCAAGUUUAUUGUCCAAGUGGAAAAUGCAACAAAGAUUUGCCUUCACAAGUGAAGAUUAGCAAGGUGUCUAUCCAAAACAUAAAAGGUACAUCAAGAACUCAAAAUGCAGUCACACUACUUUGUAGCAAAGGCUCACCAUGUGAAGGUGUUGAAGUUGGAGACAUUGACAUCUCAUAUAGUGGUAAAGAAGGACCAGCAAAAUCAAGUUGUGAAAAUAUUAAGCCAAAUUUUAAGGGCAAACAAAUUCCAGCUGUUUGUUCAGCUGCUGCUGAUGCUCCUGCUCCCGCCGCGGCCGCCGCGGCUUCUUAA